UGGCUGUCCUCUCCCUGGUUUCUCGGAGGAAUGUGAGGGAGAGAUAAACAGCGACAACGGAGAGAACUGCAUCACUUUUUCUCAGUUAUUCCGUCGACAUGGCUGACACGGAGCGUUGUAGGACCUCGUGAUGGAGCGAACGAGAACCCGUGAGAUCCAGAUGGCUGCAGGCUUCAGCAGAUAGAUCAGAAGAGAUCCACCGUGACUGAGAGCAACAUGAGGCUCCUGGUACGCUGGACAGCAUACAGGCGGGUGCUGGUCGCCGCUGUGGCUUUGAGCCUGCUGUGUUUGGUGAUGUUAUCUCUACCGCUGGGCCGGACAGAGACCAGUAAACCCAGCGAGUGGAACGUCAGCCCAGCGCAUAAGAAGCUUGUGCAUGAACACGUGCACAGAGUUCUGGAGGCUCAGUGUCGUCACAACAGCGCCAGACAGCACCUGUUGGCUCAGCUUCCUGCUUCUGGUCAUGCGAUCCAACCAUUCCUCUGGAACAACCAGCCACUCCCUGACGACCUGUUCCUGUACCCACCGCCGUUCGGGUUCAGCGGUCUUCAGAGGAAAGUAGAGGAGCUGCUGCGGUGGCUUCCAGCCUCGGACUCUGCAGCCCUGCCAGAGAGGACGUCGGGGAAAUGCCGCCGCUGUGUGGUCGUGGGAAACGGAGGCAUCCUCAAAGGCCUGGAGCUGGGCCCACUGAUCAAUCGCUUUGAUACCAUUAUCAGGCUGAACAGGGGACCUCUGGGAGAGUUCAGCCAUGACGUUGGGAAUCGAACCAGCAUCAGGAUGAGUUACCCAGAGGGCACUCCGCUCCGGUGGGUGGACACAGACCCUCAGACUCUGUUUGUGGCUGUGGUGUAUAAAGGCGGAGACCUGAGCUGGACCUCGGCGAUGAUAAACAAGCUCUCUGUGCCUUUGUGGGACUGGCUCUUCUUCUGGCAGAAGGUUCCAAAUGAAAUCCCUCUGGAGCCCCAGAUGUUCAGACUACUGAACCCUCACAUCAUCAGACUGACUGCAUUAGACCUCCUCAAAUACCCCAAACCCAGACCUCGUCUGUGGGGCUGGGACCAGAACGUGCCGACGUUGGGCGUCUCUGCGCUGACUUUGGCCAGCCUGCUGUGCGACGAGGUCAGCCUGGCAGGCUUCGGCUACAACCUCACCCACCGGGAAGUGCCGCUGCACUACUACGACCGCCUGCCCAUGAGCGUCAUGCAGCAGCAGAAGAUGCACAACGUGGACCAGGAGACUCUGUUCCUCCGGAGACUCGUCAGAGAGGGAGCCAUCUCCGACCUGACGGGAGGCAUCCACUGCUCCUUCUGCUCCAGCUGACCCUAAAGAUUUACCACACAGUACUACUACUAAGACAAAUAAUUUAAAAAAUACUUUAAUUUAAAACACUUUAAUUUGCCUACAAGAUAUUCUCUGACACAUCCAACUCCAGCUAAGUCCAUAAUAUAGUGUUUCUCUAUUUGCACAAAAAUAAUUAAUAUUUUUUCUCAAAUAUUUAAUCAACCAAAAAGACUUUUCAGUGAAAUGUUUUCCAGCGACGUGUUAAUGUUUGUGUUUACACUGGAGCAAAAAUAGAUGCAUAUUAAUCAUUACAGUAUUUAUAUCAACUGUAUUCAUUUGCAGGAUUUGUUAAAUGUCUUCUCGUAUUUGAAGCAGGCUGUGAAAGACGUCUCGUUUUUAUUUUUAUGUUGUGGAAGCUGUUAAAAUGAUUUUAUGAGAAAUAUCUUAACUUCUGGAUCUUUCAGGAGCAGCUUUUUUUUAAGUGCACACAUUUUUUAGAAAGGUCACAUAUUAAUGUUUAUUUGUAGCUGAGCUGUAGGACGUAAACACACCAACCAGUAAAACCUUGUUUAUUCAACAUGCAGCUUCCCUGUUUUUGUAUUUUUUAUGUUCACAUGUAACGUGUCUUUUUCAUUGAAAUUAAAUUAUGAACAUAAA